AUGGAGGCUCCUCGAUUCGCGAUUGAAAGACAACGACGGCGAUCGAGACGGACGUGGUUUGCUGUGAGCACCGUUGCAGUUCUGGCCAUACUCGCCAUUGCUGUUCCACUGGCAGUCAUACUGCCUCGAAAAGUACACGGUCCGCCCACUGCUGUGAUUCUGCCGUUGUACUCUUAUCCUCUUGGUGGUGCAUGGGACCCGCUAUUCCGCACUCUUGACAGCUCUCAUGAGCGCCAGUAUACCGUGGUGAUCAAUCCCAAUGAUGGGCCCGGCAAUACAUCUGGACCAGGGGAGGACUACCUCGCAGCUAUUGCACGCUUGAAUGCCUAUGCCAAUGUACGAACGAUUGGCUAUGUCCGCACAAAAUAUGCCAGCAGGAACAUCACGUCCGUAAUGCAAGAUGUUACGACUUAUGCUCACUGGUCUACCAUGGCUGCUAACUUAUCAAUACAUGGUAUCUUCUUCGACGAAGUUCCCUCGGCCUACUCCCUUGACGUGCUCCAAUACUUGAGUACCAUCAACGAUGCUGUGAAGUCGUCGGAGGGCAUUGCAUCGGACAAGCUGAUCGUUCACAACCCUGGCACCGAGCCAGAUGCCCCCCUCGUUUUGAACAGCACGGAUGUAAUUGUCUCAUUCGAAGACUCCUACGACAUAUAUCAGACCAAGCGAGCAAUUUUGAGAAGCCUGCCCUUGGACAGGUCUCGGUAUGCAUUCAUGGUUCACUCUGUACCUCCGUCAGUUGGCUUCAAGAGUUUGACCAGUCAAUUGAGCACUCAUGCGGCAUCAGUAUUUGCGACGAAGUUGAGUCAAAACUUCUACGAGAGCUUCGGGUCGGACUGGUCGGACUUUUGCCAUAGUGUACCGGUGUGA